UUAUCUAUUUGAAGAAUGGUUCUUUCACCGUCUCAAAGCUGGUCGCCCAAUCCCAGUUCCAAACUCCGGGAUCCAGAUCUCACAACUCGGUCACGUAAGGACUUGGCAACAGCCUUACUCGCCGUGCUAGGUAACGAGAAAGCCAGCAGAGAGAUAAUCAACAUCUCAGGAGAGAAGUAUGUCACCUUUGAUGGGUUAGCAAGAGCUUGCGCAAAGGCUGGUGGGUUUCCAGAGCCAGAGAUUGUUCACUACAACCCGAAAGAGUUUGACUUUGGGAAGACGAAGGCGUUCCCUUUCCGUGACCAGCAUUUCUUUGCAUCGGUGUAGAAAGCAAAGCAUGCCCUGGGAUGGAAACCAGAGUUCGACCUAGUGGAGGGUCUCACUGACUCGUACAACCUUGAUUUUGGUCGUGGAACUUUCCGGAAAGAAGCGGAUUUCACUACUGAUGACAUGAUUUUAAGCAAGAAACUUGUAACUCAGUCCUAAGAACUACUCACAUAGAUAGAAACAUUCUUGGCUUGUACGGUUUCUCAAGUUUAAUGUUGUCUCAAGUGUGUUUUGGUUCGGAUUUUAUCUGAAUUUUCUAAAAAGAGGCGGUAACGGAACAAGUCUGAACUAAAA